GCUCAAUUAAAGUAGCAUUCGCGCUAGUCUAUACAUUGUUACUUAGUUGGAGUAUUUGCAUCGUGUUUUAUUUCAAAAUUUUGCACAUUUCUGUCUAAUCAUUAAAAAAAAAUAAUAAUAAUAAUAAAGUAACAUAUAAGUACCUCUUACGAUAUUAAAUGUAAUUUCACGUAGAAUUUUUUAUUUACGAUUAUAGACAGUUCAAUCUAUUCAUCAGAAAAUCAGUGCAGAACACGCAAAUAAAGAGAACUAACAUACUAUCACGUUUACGCACAUACGUAGGCAUCUACGUUAUUUGAACUUAUUACGAUCAAUUAAAACUAUCGACGAGAAAAGGUUUUAAAUGUGAUUACAGUAUAGAAAGAAUGGCUGGAGUAUUUGAUAUAGAAUUACACGAAGGAGAUUCCGUAAAUCAAGACGAGUCAGAUGAUGAUAUCGUUGAAAGCAGAGAAGAUGCCUAUAAUCAUGCUGCAAAUGUAAAUACCAUAUUAGAAUCCGACGACUUGGAAAGAGUUCAAUUAUCAGAACAAAAUGUAAACAUAGGUCAAGAAAAAACUGGACCUCAAGAUUUUGAACUGUGCAAAAUUCUAGGAGAAGGUGGAUAUGGCAAAGUUUUUCAAGUUAAAAAAGUUACAGGGAAGGAUAAAGGUGGUAUCUUUGCUAUGAAGGUAUUAAGAAAAGCGUCUAUCAUACGAAAUCAGAAAGAUACAGCCCACACAAAAGCGGAAAGAAAUAUCUUAGAAGCUGUAAAACAUCCGUUCAUUGUAAAUUUAAUGUAUGCAUUUCAAACUGGUGGUAAAUUAUAUUUAAUUUUGGAAUAUCUUUGCGGCGGAGAGCUUUUUACAUAUUUAGAUAGAGAAGGCAUUUUCUUAGAGGAUACAGCUUGUUUUUAUUUGUCUGAGAUUAUACUUGCGCUACAACAUCUUCAUAAUCAGGGUAUUAUAUACAGAGAUCUGAAACCAGAAAAUAUUUUGUUAGACGGCGAAGGCCAUGUUAAAUUAACAGAUUUUGGUUUAUGUAAAGAACAUAUUCAAGAAGGUACAGUGACGCAUACAUUUUGCGGAACAAUAGAAUACAUGGCCCCAGAGAUUUUAACAAGAAGUGGACACGGAAAAGCGGUUGACUGGUGGAGUUUGGGUGCUCUCAUGUUUGAUAUGCUUACUGGAAUGCCACCAUUUACUGGAGAUGACAGAAGAAAAACAAUUGAAAAAAUUUUACGAGGAAAGUUAAAUCUUCCAUUGUACCUAACACCCGAUGCCAAAGACUUGAUACGAAGAUUAUUAAAGAGACAAGUCUUGCAAAGACUAGGAUCCGGGUCAGAAGAUGCUGAACAAAUUAUGAAUCAUAAUUUUUUUAAACAUAUUAACUGGCAAGAUGUAAUUUCAAAAAAACUAGAACCACCUUUUAAGCCAUCGUUAAAAAGUGCCGACGACACGUCACAGUUCGACGAGCAAUUUACAACAACCGUUCCUGUCGAUUCUCCGGUUGAAAGUACAUUAAGCGAGUCUGCUAAUAUGAUUUUUCAAGGCUUUACAUACGUUGCACCCAGUGUUCUGGAAGAAAUGUAUGCGCAACCAAGAGUCGUAAAUGCUAGAAGCCCUCGAAAAGGUCUUUUAAGUACAGGAUUCAGCGGAAGCCUUCACAAUUUGCCUUCAAGAUCACCCGAUGCCCAUCUUCGUACGUCAUCACAUUUUCAUCAAUACAGGCAUCAUGUAGUAGGUUCAAAUAAUAUGGAAGAUACUGAAAUGAAAGAUAUCGGUCCACUUUUCAAUUUUUAACCAUCGCGCGGUACGUUUAAAUGAUAUGAUGAAAAGAAAAAAAGCUCGAACGAUGGAUAUAAAUUAACUAACGAAUCGUUUUUAGUGAUUUAUAUACAUAAAUAUGCGAGAAAAUAUUGAAUUUCCACUUUAGGCUCGGUAGAACCAAAAAAUAUUUUCUAGCUUACUUAUUUUUCUUGUUUCAAUAAUCUAAAUGUCACAUUUAGUGAAUAUCGCAAUUUACUUACGUAUGUGUAUUUAGAAACACACGAUUCUAAACGUCAAAAGGAGUUUACGCUUAUAGAGCAGUGGUGCUACUCCUGUACAAAUCUUAUGUAGGCCUGUUCUGAUGUGACUGACGAUUAUUUAUGGUGUAAAGAAUUUAAAAUAUGUAUUUUCAUUAUGUAAAUAUAUGUAGGUAUCUAAUAAUAACAAGUACAUUCUUUUUUGAGAUGGACGCUGUACUGUUGAAAGAUAUAAAAAAUAUUUUUGAUGUAAAAUAAUAUCCCAUCAUUGCAACUACUAAUUCAAAUUUUUUAAAUGUUCACUGUUAGUACAUAUAUAUGUAUACCGAUUAGAUCAAUAAGAUUAUUUCAUUUGAAUAUCUCAAAAAAUUCUUCUAAAAAGUUGGGGAAAAAGAAUACAAAGAAUGUACUGUUAUUUGCGAGUUAUUUUUUUGUUUCUUGUAAAAAUCACAAAUUUGUUUAAUUGCUUUUUCAAUUCACCGCAUGAUUUGAGAAGAAACGUUUAUGGAAACGUACAUUCCAAAGUAAUUUAAAUAUUUUGUAUAAACGUAAUGUGAUGGAGUUCGUGCUGAUUAUGUUGUCUAUGUAUGUAGACUAGAGCGUUCAAUUCAAUUAGAAACUCGAAAGUCUUGUUCUGCCAUUAGUAUAAAAUCAAUUCACUUCAGGUGAUAAAAAGGUAAAAACUGCGCUGAUUAUUGUUUACAGUAGAAUCGGAGAAAGAAAAAAAAAAAAAAAGAAAAAAGGUACGGUUUUUUUUGUUUAUCAAUAACAUCGCAUACGUGAGUCUAUGAAUUAAUUUCACUUCUGACAGGGACAGCGAUACACCCGAAUCGUGAAUAAAUUGCAAUGAAUUAUUAUAUCUUUUCGCUGAAUCAGUCCGAUUCUACUUUGUAUAAUUAUUGUGAAAGUGACAAUUAUAUGAAAAAAAUUAAACUGCCCAAGUGUUCACAGCUACCAGCUGAAUAGUAUUUAACUUUACAUAGAAAAAAUAUAUGCACACUCGCACAGGCACGCGUGUGUAGUGACUAAGUUAAAAAUUCUUGUUAAUAGUUAAUUGUGUUAUAAAAGAAAAAUAUUAAGAGUGAUAAAUUGAUACUUUGUAAGAUAAAUAUAUGCAUAAAUACAUACGUAUAUAUAUAUAUACAUAUACACACAUGUAUUAUAUGUAAUUUGAAAGAUACGAAAAUGCUCUGUUGUGUUUCUUUCGACUCGAAAUGUAACGAACGUUUUACUUCUAUACCUUCUAUAAAAAUAUUGUAACGUAAAGAAGUGAACGUUCUAAUUCUAAACAUGUAUGCGUAUAUGUCUAUUUAAAAUAAUCUAAUAGCAACAUUGUACUAUAUUUAGCGAAGAUUUUACCUCGUUUUUGUAUAUAUAAUGUUGAAACAUUUAUCAACAAGUUACUAUCUUCUGUGAGACAAUUUCAAAAGAAAAGAAAUUGCUAACAUUAUUUGAACGAGUAAUAUUAUUAUUAGAUGUAAUGAAAUAUCAGUUUUAUAAUUAGAAUAGUAAGAAGAAAUCUGAAGAAACAGUCGUUAAAGAAUUUUUUUUGCGUCUUCUUUCCGCAUAAAAUAUUUAUCAAAAGUUAUACCGUUACAAAAGUUUAAAAUAAUAAUGUUUUAAAUCCACUAUAUAGUUUAGUAUUAUAGUAAAAUUAACAAUUACGUUCAUGUUCUAUCGUAUUAUCUAUUGCAAGUAGAUGAAAAAUAUACAUGCGUACGUUUUAUUUUAUUUCUGUAUUUUGCGCUCUGUAAUAACAGCAAAUAUAGGUGCGCGCUUAUACGUA